AUGGAUAAACUCCUCCGACGUGACUAUUGCGCUCAGGAUACAGAGCCCGAAUCCGUCGGUCUCCAUAAUCUCUCCUCCGACGUGACUAUUGCGCUCAGGAUACAGAGCCCGAAUCCGUCGGUCUCCAUAAUCUCGUAA